UUUAUCCAAAGAAGAUAAUGAAUAUCCUCCUCUUGAGUCAAGUGGUAAUAAAUUUAUUGAACAGAGGCAGAUCAGUUUCAUUAAACACUCAAGUAAACCAUUGAAAUUAAGCAAACCCCUGUUCGGAAGAAAAGGAAAAGAAAAAAACCAAGAACAGUAAGAAACAACAGAGGAAGGAGGAAAAAAGAAGAGGCCAUCUGGAACGAAACUAGCCCCUAAAUCUCAUUCUUCCACAAACAUUAAGAACCCACCAAAAAUGUACCAAAACAACCCAUCCCCAAAACCCCAAACCUACACAUUCUAAUCCACCCAAACCUCCCCAAAUCCCCCAUUCUCCACACCCACCCCCAAACCCCCAAAACCUAGCCACCACUCUCAAAUCCCCCAUCAACACCCCCAAUCCCCUC